GGAAGAGUUGAGAUGACUUCUUCAAACAUAGCUUAUGGACUUUCUGGACCUUUGACAUGACUCGUGCAUGGCUUUCAUGAGGUGGAGCAGGUUUUGCCUGAAAUAUAUAAGCUGUUCAUUCAUUUGAUUAUGGUCAUUUUAUGAAGUCCUCGGAAGCCGUAAGGUGGUUGCUCUGUGUGGUGGUCCUCAGCUGCUUUUGCUCCAGUGGGGUUAGUCUGUCAUGUCGGAGCUCUGAAGCUAUGGGCAUUAAUCGUUGCGACUUGUGUGAGUGUGUCAUUUGGGCCUACUCAGAAGCAACAGAAUGUGGGUGCUACGAUCACAUUUGUGAGUCCUGCGUCGAGGAUGUUCGCCAAAAAACCAAAUGCGAGUAUUGUGAGGAUGGCCAAUCAUGUCGCAGGUGUGAGAUGGUUGUCAAAGAUGGGGCUUGGCUGGCGUGUCCUGCGUCAGAUUGCCCAAUACCAGAGCGUCUUCAAGACAACUGUUGUGAAAGUUGUUGGGAUGGUUUUCUUGAUGACUUUGGAGCUGUGACCGGCUUGGUGAAAGUCACCAGCGCCACCACUGGAGACUUUAUCAAGCAAGUUAAUGUUUUUGACAAUGAUCGAAUCUCAAAGGUUCGGCAAGAGAUGGCAGAGCACCUUUCCUUGCCAGCUGCAAGCAUUCUGUCAAUAUCCGACAAGGUUUCAAGCAUAGCCGGCAAGAAACCGCCUGCAAAACCAGCAGCACCUACCAAUGUGACCCAAGCGCAAAAGGUGAUGAUCAUUGAUUGGCUCCCGGGCCAGCAGGUUUUGAAUCGCCAGACAGGAGACCAUGGAUACCGCACCCUUUCUUGUGGCCACUUCUCUUGUGUUCUUGCAUGUGCAGAGGAUAGGUGUCAAGAAUGUGAAAAACAUGCGGCAGAAGCCGCAAGGAAGCAGCUUGACAAAAAGAGAGCAAAGCAGGCUCGGGUUGAGGCAAACCAUGUGUUGUCCGAUUUGGAAGUGUUGCGAAGCAUUAAGGUCAGAAGCAAGACUGUUAAAGACUUCAUCUCAGGACUUGCUGCCAAAGCCAAGGCCAAUGCGCCCAACGUGCGGCUGGCACGGACGCAGACAAGCUUUGAAAGCACAAGACCUGCAAAAAAGCAGAGGAAUGCUGGAAGUGUGGCACGCACGGCAAAGGCUGCAGGCUCCCCGCAGGCUACAAGCCUACAGGCCGUAGAUGCAGGCUUCAAAAAGCUGUGCAAGCAAGAAAUCACCCCCGACAGCGGAGAAAGCUGCAAGUGAUGUGCCGAGGAUGGAAGUGACCUUGGAAAUGGAACUGGAGCGCAUGAUGGACGAAAUGGACAUGUCACCCCGUCCAAAGUCUCCUGAAGAAGAUGUGGAAGACAUAGAGCUUGAGCUCGAACGUCUCAUAGAUGGAGCAUUUGACCGCCAAGGCCACUUCUAAUGCUUUGAAUGAACUCUUGAACACACUAGAUUUAGUGUUUUGUUGGUGGAAGUUUCGACAAAAAUGUCUGGAUGAUGUUUGGCUGAUUUUCGCAUAGUAGUUUAGGUGGUAUUUUGCACAUUUCAGGGCAAUCUUGAAGCAUGCAAAGGAAGAGAGUGUCCAGUCCAGAUGGGAG